GUUGUGGAAAGACCAGGUUGCGCUGCAAAUUUCAAGAUCUCUGAAUCUGGGUUUUUCACCAGGAAAAAAAUGGUUAUUUCUUGGAACUCAUGCCUGGGCUUUAUCUGUUUACUCUUAUGCCUGUGGACUGGGAUGGCAGCAUCUCUGAAUCUCGAAGACCCUAAUGUGUGUAGCCACUGGGAAAGCUACUCAGUAACUGUGCAAGAGUCAUACCCACAUCCCUUUGAUCAGAUUUACUACACCAGUUGCACUGACAUCCUGAACUGGUUUAAGUGCACGCGGCACAGAAUCAGUUAUCGGACAGCCUAUCGACAUGGGGAGAAAACUAUGUAUAGGCGCAAAUCCCAGUGUUGCCCCGGAUUUUACGAAAGCAGGGACAUGUGUGUGCCUCACUGUGCUGAUAAAUGCGUCCAUGGCCGCUGCAUCGCUCCAAACACCUGUCAGUGUGAGCCUGGCUGGGGUGGGACCAACUGCUCCAGUGCGUGUGAUGGCGAUCACUGGGGGCCUCACUGCAGCAGCCGGUGCCAGUGCAAAAAUGGGGCUCUGUGCAACCCCAUCACGGGGGCUUGCCACUGUGCUGCCGGCUUCCGGGGCUGGCGUUGUGAGGACAGCUGUGAGCAGGGCAGCUAUGGUAAUGACUGUCACCAGAGAUGCCAGUGCCAGAACGGAGCCACCUGCGACCAUGUUACAGGAGAAUGUCGUUGCCCACCAGGAUACACCGGGGCCUUCUGUGAAGAUCUUUGUCCCCCUGGCAAGCAUGGACCACAGUGUGAACAGAGGUGCCCCUGCCAGAAUGGAGGAGUGUGCCACCAUGUCACCGGAGAGUGCUCCUGCCCCUCUGGCUGGAUGGGCACAGUCUGUGGUCAGCCUUGCCCGGAGGGUCGCUUUGGAAAGAACUGUUCCCAAGAAUGUCAGUGCCAUAAUGGAGGGACGUGUGACACCGCCACAGGCCAAUGCCAUUGCAGUCCUGGAUUCACAGGGGAACGGUGCCAGGAUGAGUGCCCCGUGGGGACCUAUGGCUCUCGCUGUGCAGAGACCUGCCGGUGUGUCAACAGGGGGAAGUGCUACCACGUGAGUGGCACGUGCCUUUGUGAGGCCGGUUUUGCUGGUGAGCUCUGCGAAGCACGUCUCUGUCCAGAGGGUAUCUAUGGCAUCAAAUGUGACAAGCAGUGCCCCUGCCACUUGGAUAACACUCAAAGCUGUCACCCCAUGUCUGGAGAGUGUGCCUGCAAUCCAGGCUGGUCGGGACUGUACUGUAAUGAGACGUGCUCUCCUGGAUUCUACGGGGAGGCUUGCCAGCAGGUCUGCAGCUGCCACAAUGGGGCUGACUGUGACAGUGCAACUGGAAAGUGCGCCUGUGCCCCAGGAUUCAAAGGAAUUGAUUGCUCUACCCCAUGCCUUCCGGGAAGCUAUGGGAUAAACUGUUCCUCUCCCUGUGGCUGUAAAAAUGAUGCUGUCUGUUCUCCUGUGGAUGGAUCUUGUACUUGCAAGGCAGGCUGGCAUGGUGUGGACUGCUCCAUCCGCUGUCCCAGUGGCACAUGGGGUUUUGGCUGUAACUUAACCUGCCAGUGCCUUAAUGGGGGAGCUUGCAACACCCUGGAUGGAACCUGCACGUGUGCCCCUGGAUGGCGUGGGCCAAAGUGUGAAUUUCCUUGCCAGGAUGGCACAUAUGGGCUGAACUGUGCUGAGCGCUGCGACUGCAGCCAUGCAGAUGGCUGCCACCCCACCACGGGCCACUGCCGCUGCCUCCCUGGAUGGUCAGGUGUGCGCUGUGACAGCGUCUGCGCCGAGGGACGCUGGGGCCCCAACUGCUCCCUGCCCUGCUACUGUAAAAAUGGAGCUUCAUGCUCCCCUGACGAUGGCAUCUGCGAAUGUGCUCCUGGAUUCCGAGGCACCACUUGCCAGAGAAUCUGCUCCCCUGGUUUUUACGGGCACCGCUGCAGCCAAGCAUGUCCACAGUGUGUUCACAGCAGUGGGCCCUGUCACCAUAUCACAGGCCUGUGUGACUGCUUGCCUGGAUUCACCGGAGCACUGUGCAAUGAAGUGUGUCCCAGUGGCAGAUUUGGGAAAAACUGUGUGGGAAUUUGUACUUGUACCAACAAUGGCACCUGCAACCCCAUCGACAGAUCUUGUCAGUGCUACCCAGGUUGGAUCGGCAGUGACUGCUCCCAGCCCUGUCCACCUGCCCACUGGGGCCCCAACUGCAUCCACACUUGCAACUGCCACAAUGGGGCCUUCUGCAGUGCCUACGAUGGAGAAUGUAAAUGCACUCCUGGCUGGACAGGGCUCUACUGCACUCAGAGAUGCCCUCUGGGGUUCUACGGCAGGGACUGCGCACUGAUAUGCCAGUGUCAGAACGGAGCGGACUGCGACCACAUCUCUGGGCAGUGUACCUGCCGCACAGGCUUCAUGGGCCGGCACUGUGAGCAGAAGUGCCCUGCAGGGACCUAUGGCUAUGGCUGUCGCCAGAUAUGUGACUGCCUGAACAACUCCACCUGUGACCACAUCACCGGGACCUGCUACUGCAGCCCAGGAUGGAAGGGAGCACGAUGCGAUCAAGCUGGCGUGGUAAUAGUUGGGAACCUGAACAGCUUAAGCCGAACCAGCACUGCCCUCCCUGCUGAUUCCUACCAGAUUGGGGCCAUCGCAGGCAUCAUCAUCCUUGUGCUUGUUGUUCUUUUCCUCCUGGCCUUGUUCAUUAUUUAUAGACACAAGCAGAAGGGGAAGGAAACAAGCAUGCCAGCAGUCACCUACACCCCUGCCAUGAGGGUCAUCAAUGCAGAUUACACCAUUUCAGAAACCCUGCCCCACAGCAGUGGAAAUGUCAACAGCCACUACUUCACCAACCCCAGCUAUCACACACUUACUCAGUGCGCCACAUCCCCGCAUGUCAACAACAGGGACAGGAUGACCAUUGCCAAGUCAAAGAACAAUCAGCUGUUUGUGAAUCUUAAAAAUAUGACUUCGGGGAAGCGAGGCCUACCUGUGGACUGCACGGGGACGCUGCCGGCAGACUGGAAACACGGGGGCUACCUCAAUGAACUCGGUGCUUUUGGACUGGAGAGAAAUUACAUGGGAAAAUCUUUAAAAGAUCUGGGAAAGCAUUCUGAGUAUACUUCAAGCAACUGCUCUCUCAGCAGCUCAGAGAACCCAUACGCCACCAUUAAAGACCCGCCCGUGCUGCUCCCUAAAAGCUCAGAGAGUGGCUACGUGGAGAUGAAGUCACCAGCACGACGAGACUCCCCAUAUGCAGAGAUCAGUAGCUCAGCUUCAGCCAACAAGAACGUCUAUGAAGUUGAACCUACAGUCAGUGUUGUCCAAGGAAUAUUCAGCAAUGCUGGGCAUCUCACCCAGGAUCCCUAUGACCUCCCAAAGAACAGUCACAUCCCUUGUCAUUAUGACCUGUUGCCAGUGAGGGACAGUUCAUCCUCCCCCAAGCAAGAGGAUGGAGGUGGUGGCAGCAGCAGCAGCGGCAGCAGCAGCAGCAGCAGCAGCGGCAGUAGCAGCAGUGAAUGACACCAAAGGAACACAGAGUGACCAUUGGAACCUUUUCCAGAACUGCAGUCCAGUUCUUCUCCAUCCAUUCACUUCUUCCUCAGUGAAUGUUAAUCAACCUGGUAGAAAAUAGUGGGAAGUGAAUUAGGAAGCUCAAAGCUGAGGCUGGCACUGAUUGUAGGUGCUUUUUGCACAGAUGGCUUGGAAGGAGAUAGCACUGUGAUUUCCUAUUUGUUGUUAGUUUUAGAACUGCACCCAUGAAGCAUGACUUCUCAUAAGAUGUUGGCUAAAAGCAUGAACUUGUAGAACUCCGUUGGAGACAUGGGUUGCAGUGAACGUUAGUAUUAUUGCUUGGAAAAGACAACUUAAUUUUUUUCUCAUUUGCAUCAUAGAACUAUGACUAGGGUUUUGCAUAGUUUCUGAGAAAUUCAAACCAUAAAAGUAGGAAUCACUAAACAUACAGAAGACAAAAAGCAUAUUGUUGAGUCUUCAUUGUUUAAUUGUUCUCAGCUGGACUCAGAAUUAAAGGAUUUGUAUGAAUGCAGGAAGAAACCUUCUGUCAGGUGGCAAUACGGGAUAAACUGAAAAAAAAAAAAACACUAGAAAUGAAUAGCAAAUUUAAAUAUGAAAUAUUUAGAAGUUUUUAGGAUGAGAAAAUGUACAAUUAGAAAUAUUGUAGAAAUAACAGAAGUAUUGCAGAAGCCAGCACACAAAUGCACAAGGCAGAGGCGGACUUUCUCUGUGAUCCUCAGCUCACUUUGGAUCCAUGACAUUCUCGAUCACUGUCCUUUUCAUACAUAUUUGUCAUUUGAGACACAUAACAUAUCGGUAAUGAUGUCAUAAAUCUAGAAAGGGAAUAAUUUUAUUUUUGACAGACUGGAUUGAGUGAGUAUGUAAUGAUUGGGAAAGGUUGUAAAUUUUACAUGUAAAAAGAUGCUUCAGUUUUGUAAACCGUUAGUAAUACAUACUGUAAUAUAGAAUUAGCAGAAGUUUUGAUUAAUUUUCCCUUAAAAGUGAUCUAAAUAUUUUUGUGCAUAUUUGAAAAGGGGCACUUUCCUUUUAUUAAUUGUUGACUUAGAGAAACUAUGCUUAAGCUGGUCUUUUGCAUGGCUAAUAUGACAUGUACCCCAUUUUUUAUUAAUUUGUAUUUUCAUUAAGUUGUAUAUUCUGUUUUGU